ACCGCGGCUUUGGUGUUCGCUGGCAAGGGGCAGAACAAGCCUCUCAGCAGACAAUUGGAACAGGAAGCCAGGAAGGAAAGGGUCUUUCAGCAAGGAAGGAAGACUGGCAAACUCGUUGGGACUGUGACAAGAUCAGCCACACAGCUGCUCGGGAGAGACCAGCCAUUGUAAGAGCAUCACACAUACACACUUAGAGGCAGGGAGAAAGAAAUACAGACAAGAAGGGCCGACAGACGGAAACAUCUUUGAGCAAGAAGUACUUCUUAAAGACUGAGGACAACCGCCAAACAGUCACAGACAAUAAGGACACAAUAAGAAGGUCCAUGGAAGAUCAGAAGAUGAACCACAACCGGUCAAACACUUCUUCCCCGUGCGUUCAGGACAUCAGCGUGACCGCUCUGGUUUUCCCCUGUUUAUACAGCCUCCUCUUCAUAGUCGCCCUGAUACUGAAUUCCCUCGCUGCCUGGAUCUUCUUCAGCAUCCCCAGCUCCUCAACAUUUGUGGUUUUUCUAAAGAAUGUGGUGGUGGCUGACCUUCUGAUGACCCUGACCCUACCUGUGAGGGUCUUAAGUGAUGCAGGCGUGGGCCCCCGGCGAUUACGUGCCUUCUACUGCCGAUACAGUGCGGUUUUAUUCUACAUCACCAUGUACAUCAGCAUCAUCCUGCUGGGCCUCAUUAGCCUGGACCGCUACCUGAAGAUAGUAAGGCCCUUUGGGAAGUGUUUCCUCCAGCGGGUUCGUGUUGGCCAGGUGUUGAGUGCAGCUGUCUGGACAGUCAUGUUAGUUUUGGCAUUGCCGAGCGUUAUUCUGAGUGACCAGACGCCACCGAUCUCUGGAGAGAGACUGAAUUGCAUCUCCCUGAAGAGCGAAGCCGGCGUGCGUUGGCAUGAAGGUUUCAACCACUUCUGUCAGGUGGUUUUCUGGGGCAUUCUAGCCUUGAUGGCAGUUUGCUACACGUUCAUCAGCAAGAAGGUUUAUGAGUCAUACAAAGCCUCAAAGAGCAGAUGUCGAGCAGUCAGUCGCAGAACCAAAGCAAAGGUAUUUGUGGUUGUGGGGGUGUUUUUCGUCUGCUUUGCCCCGUAUUACUUUAUUCGCGUUCCCUACACUCACACCCAGACUCACAGCACAGGGAUUAACUGCCGGGCGCGGAACGCUCUCUACAUCGCCAAAGAAACCACCCAGUGGCUAAUGUCAACUAACGUGUGUCUCGACCCCCUUAUCUACGUCUUCCUAUGUAAGGUGUUCAGGAAAAGACUGACAGCCACAAUCUGCCGAUACAACCUCCCUGUAGGUACAAUGGAGUCCACCUCGGCGUCAAUCACUCAAAAGGAGAUGUCACAGAUCCGUCCAAGUAACAGGAAGUCAUGUGAUGGGUUGCCAGAGUAACACAGAGGACAAUGUCCAAUGGGAAGUCAAUAAUUUUUUCAGCCAUCAAGGCACAACGAAACAGUGCCUGGAAGGCUUAUUUUGCUUGUAAAUAGCAAGUAUCGCAAUGACAGCAGUUGUAAAAAUUCUGAAAUGAUGCAAGGAUGUUUAAUGGAUAAUGUGACAGAAAAGAGUCAAACAUGUUUGGAGGUGGUCAUGAAGUUUAAUUUGAUACAGGGGCCGACUAACUAUGCACUUCUGACCCAUGCUAAGUCAGCCAACAUCCUUAAUUGUACAGACUGAUAUUUUCUACUUCCUUCACUUUGCUAAUCUCGUUCAAACUGCACUUUCCCUUUCCAGAACUCUGGCAAGAAGGAAAACAUGUUCACAGUACAUGUUGUUCAAUGAUUACAGCACACACAAAAUGUGACCAGGGGAUGAGUGAUAACAAAAUGAGGCCAGCAGACACUGCUGAAAGCUAUAUUGUCUGACCAAUGGCAUUAAUACAAUUCAUAUUGUUUAAUUUCAUCAUUUUUAACUUUCAUGCUGGAGGAUUUUUGAGAGAACCUGAGAAUUCUUAUUUAUCGACUGACUAACAGGAAAUGCAUGCAAACACUCAUUUCUGUGCUGCAGAUGUGGUUGAUUAGAUCACCUCUCACAUUGCUGCGCAAAGCUACAGCAGUUUGCAAGUAGAGCAUAAUACGACCAAAGCUGAUAGUUUGGCAGGAAAUUAACAAGCAACAGAGUGUUCGGAGAGGCGACUGCAGCCGGAGUAAAGACCAUUUGUCUCCCUCAGAUUAAAUCCUCUGACAGAUGACCCCGAAAUAGUGAAUUAUGCAAAUGUCUAAAUGACAUUCAUGGAAAUUAAGUAAACCCUGCUGAUAAUGUUGCCUUCCAGUAGCUUAAUGUUUGAAAGAGAAAAGAGCAAGACAAAGACAAAUAGGAGGCAAGUAGGUGGGUCAUUAAAGUUUAGACUUGUGGAGUUUUCUAACCUUCCAGUGAUGGAAAAUAAUACAAUUUAUGAGGAUGGACUUACUUUACUAAAACACUUUGAUGUGUGGAAUGUAUAUUUUGGAUAAUUGCAGACAUGUUUAUGUCAAAUUCAAAAACAGAGAUAGAAUUCAAGAACAUGCCAUACAUUCACAUUCAGGCGAACAGGAAAGACAAACAGCCAUGUCCUUAAAAUAGUUAACAAUUGAUUUCAAUCGAAUUAUACAAAAGACAAGUGAUGACAGAAUGAUAUGCUCCUUUGCACUUAAAAAAUAGUAUUUGCUUGGUUAAAGUUUUUUCCUUGCAAGAUGGCGGGUAAUUUUAAAUAAUCUGAAUAUCUAUAAAUUACCAUUUUUUUCUCAAAACAGCUUCAAUGAAAAAUGAAAUGUUUGAUUAAUUAUUCUGUAAUCUGAAUAGCCUCUUCUUCCAUUCCUCUUCUUUUAAUAUGUAAAUAUAUUGCAUCUUAAACCCUCAAACCACCUCAUUCAGGGUAAAUGUAAUUUGCCAGCCCAAACACCCAUUUGACCUCCACUUUGUUUACCUUUUUACUGCAUGCUUUGACUGGUAUUUUGUAUUACAUUAUAGUAUAGUAUAGGGCAAAGUUACCCUCUUGGUACUUGGCGGUGGGGGAAAAAUGUGACUUUUUUUCUGAAAAAUAUUUUAUUUUGAAAAAUUACCGGAUUCUCUUACAAAUACAUGAAACUAUUUGUCUAACAUGAAACUGGUCCGUGAGGCAAGAAAGGUUGGGCACCACUUUAACUGACGUCACCGGGCUUUAAAUGGUUAGCAUGUCAAUGGGACAGCACAGCACAUCACGUCACCAUGACACCCCAAAAAAUAUGCUGUAGAAUUAAGGAUAUUCGUUUCAUACUUUUUACUCUCCAAUUUGGAUGUCUUAUGAGCUAUUUCGUCAUAAAAAGAGGUAAUUUUAAAUAAUGUUUUUACUGUUUUCUUUUGUCAAAAUCGCUUUGAUGACAACGUUUUAUAUUUUAUGAAUAAAUCAGUAAAUAUCGUGUGAUUUCAUGUGUAUUUUUUCAUCUUUAAUGUAAAACGUAUACAUAACCACACAUGGGCCGCUCUCCUU